GGUGUGAGUGACAAAAGUGUUUCUCUUUGCUUUGAGGAGUUUCAUUUCAUCGCUUACGUAACGUUUACAUCACGCAAAUGACACAGAGAGAAAGUUUAAUAAUGUCUGCGAUAAUUCUGUUUUUUCUUUUUGCUGGUCUAACAAAUGCAAACGGCGAAAAGUGCUUGCCAACAUCAUUUCAUAAAAUGAGAUCGUCGCCAGCAAAUACAGAAUAUUUGGAAUGCAAAGCAUGGAGUUCAGACACUUGUUGUACAGCAAAUUUCACAACCCAGUUGAACAAAACUCGACUGCGCGAUUUGUAUGGCUUUCAUUGGGGUCACUGCAAAAAUAUUUCACAAAAAUGUGAGAGAUUCCUCCUCGAUGAAGAAUGUUUCUAUCAAUGUGAACCACGAUUAUACAGAUGGCAUGUAGCCAAUGGAACAAUAAAAAAUGUCCCAAUAUGUGGUGAUUUUUGUAAUGCUUGGUAUGAAGCUUGUAAGGACGAUGAAACUUGUGUUGAAAAUUGGGUGACUGGUUUCAAUUAUUCAAAUUCAAUGUACUCUUGUCCGAACAAUUCAGUAUGCCGUACAUUUGCACAGUGGUACGGCAGUGGAGAAGGAUUAUGCAACAAAAUGUGGGGUACAUCAUUUCGUUAUGUGGACCCAAAGUGUCCUUGCUCAAGAAUGGAUGGACCAAUACCGGCUAAUGUGAAUGAAAACUCGACAUGCUCCGCCGGUAACACCAUAUCGCAGUUAACAUGGAAAUGGUCUUUUCAAGGACUUUAUCUUAUUCUUUUUGUCAUUGUAAUCUUGUAAUCAAGUAAUGAAUAUGCGAUGGUUAUUUAUUAAUGCACAAAAUAACACAAAAAUUCAGUUAACCUAGUUCUUUGCUGCCCAUACGUAUUUAUAAUGACAUACAAAAUGAGUGAGUUACUCUGAUUAUAUAACUAAGCGAUUGGAUUAUAGUUGUACUCAGCACUUAAAAUGUUUGAAUGGAUGAUUGGAACAAUAAAAAAAUAAAACUCUAA